AAGCUACAUCAUGCGCGGGCGACAAAAGACUAUCGGCUGACAGACUCUUGAUGACUUCAUUCACGGCCGCGUGCGCGCUUACAGUUCGUGGACAUGUGGUCAAGAACUAUAACAUAACAUACACGCUGCGAACGCUGUGCACGUGUUAACGCGGGCAAAACUUCAUUGCAGCAGGGCCUUUUGCAGUCCCGUUGGUAAUCGCAGUACGUUGAGUGUUUUAAUUAUAGGCAUGGAAAGCAUUUUCCAGGUGCUAAAAGGGCGACUGAAUGCAAUGCCACCCUUGCAGGCCGGUUUCCCCCUCACCGCAUCCUGCGUAUUGUGCUUCAAAUCACACACAGUAGAAAUCAUUAUUGACUACUGAACGGCCUGGAAUCAAGUCGAAAAUGGUGCGGAGUUAGGUGAAGGAGCGAGUAGUGCAUAGGAAGCGAGCGAGCGAACGAGCCCCUCGUGCUGUGGGGCCCGACUGUGCACUGACGAGCUCAAACGACAAUACGCAACUGCAUACGUAAGUUACAUCGGAUCACUUAUCUACUUCUCAAAAGGUUUUCUACGCGCGAUAGUGUUGACGCGCGCGCACGAAAUCGUCGCGCCCAGCAGAAACGACGACCCUACGAAGGCCCCCAGGUUUUCAGGGGCUCCAGAAUGCAGCAGAAUGACCUAAUCUUGGCGCCCUGGCUUCCUGAUGAGCAGGGACAAGCCGAGCUGGAGGAGGUGUACAACCGCAGGACUAGCGAGCUGGAGACAGCUUCCUCCCCAGCAGGUGCUGGGGCGGCCGCCGCGGGAAUUGAGCAGCACCAGCAGACGCCUCUGAUGUCGUCGAUGGCGCCGGGACCAGCAGCCGCCAUCAAGCUGGAGCCCCACAUGCAUGAGCAUGAGCAGUUAAUAAGGCAGCAAAUGGCGCCAUCAAUGCAGGUGCCACAGGGAUACAGCGUGGGCCAGCUGGGCGCUGGUUGGGCUGGCGUUACGCAGGCCGCCGCCGCCGCCGGCGACGCACCGCACCUGACCAUGAAUGUGCCACCGCCACCGCCACCGCCGCCGCCGCCACAGCUGCAGCAGCAACAGCAGCAGCAGCAGCAGCUUACGUGGCAAUGGCAGCACGCCGCUGACAUGGACCCACCGCAGCAAGAGUCUCAGCAGCAACACACACAACAGCUGCAGCUGCAGCAGCAGUAUUAUUACAUCAAGCCUGACCCCGCAGCGGCCGGCGACGCAGCCACAGGCUUCCCUGCUGCUCCUGGCGUGGCUGCGCCCGGCCCCUACUACAACCAGCAACAGCAGCAGCAGCAACAGGCCCACGCCGCUGCGGGCACCUUGUUCGGUCGCCAGGGUGUCCCCGCCGCGGCCAUGUCGUCUCAGGCCUACUGGCAAAACCAGCAGCGGCAGGAGCAGCAGCAAGGCGGCGGCAUGUUCGCUUCGGCGCCCGCGACGGGAUACGGCACGUUCGCGCAACAGCAGCAGCAACAGCAGUACACCUCGCCACUUCUUGGCACUGCAACUACUGCAGCUAGCGGUGGUUGGGGCGGGGGCGGCGGAGGUGGCGGCGGCGGUUUCAGGAUGGGCAGUAGCAGCGGCAACCUCAUGCGAGCCGCGUCGCUGACCACGCCUGUGUCUGCCGCCGCCGCCGCCGCCGCCGCCGCGGCAGUCGUGCCACAUCAGCGCGGAGGCUGGAUGGCGGCGAGCGGCGGCGGCGGCAACGGCAGCGAUAGUAGCGGCAUGGCGCUAGCGGCGGCUGCAGCAGCAGGCGAUGGCGCUGUGCGGAUGCUGCAGCCGCCACCGUUGAACGUAGCAGGAAGUAUUGCCGGCGGCGGCGGCGAGGUUGAUUACCUCCUGCAAAUGCAACAGCAGCACCAGCUGCAGCUGCAGCUGCUGCAACAGCACCAGCAGCAGCCGGAGCAGCGGCUGUACUGCUCCUGGACAGACGGAGGCGCCGAGGUGUGGGAGACAGUGUUCGGUGAGCCAGCUCCGCAGGACACCUUUGGUGCCAGCGGCAGUAGUGGGCGUGCAUAUCAGCAAGACCUAGGGGCCCACGCUUCUGGCGCGCACCCGGCGGGCCCGCCUCCGCCGCCGCAGCCGCUGCCGCCGCCGCAGCCGCAACAGCCAGCCGCCGCCGCCGCCGCCAUGAUGCAGCCGUACAACAAAUCCAUGGCGGCGAUGUCUGCUUCGCCCACGCCGCCGCCGCCAUCUGAGCUGCUGCAGCAGCUGCCGAUGGAUUGCGGCCGCAGCAGCGGCCCAAACACCAUAGGCGGCGGCCAUGGCAGUAGUCGCGCCUGGUCAACCGGCGGCAGCGGCUAUGAUGUCGCGGCGGAGGCGGCUGCAGCUACUGAUGGCGCUGCUGCUGCUGCUGGUAGUGAUGUUGGUGAGAGCGGAUUCAGCGGCAACGCAGCAGAUGGCAUUGGCAAGAGCGGCGGUACCACCACGGUGACCAUGAUGUUGUGCAUGCAACAACUGCAGCAGCCGGCGGCGGCGGCGGCGGCGGGUUGCAUCAACAACAACCUCGCCGACAGUUGGAUGAAGAUGCAGCAGGGCGGCGGCGGCGGCAGCGAUGGCGGCGGCAGCGGCUCGCAACAGCAUUACUAUAGCGGCGUCGGCGUUAAGAAUGCCGUUGCCGGUGCGCCGCUGCGCUCCCAUCUGCUGUUUGGGAAUGAUGGCGGCGGCGUGGACGGCCUCGCGACCAAGCUUGGGUUGCCGCCAGCUCCGCCGCCGCCGGUGACCGCGACUUGGGACUACCGCCGCGCUAGCCACGCCGCCGCUGGCGGCGGCGGGAACACCAGCAGCAGCAGUUACGGAACCGGCGGCGGUUAUUUGCAUGCGUUGACUCAUCAGCAGUGCGGCGCUGGUGGCGGCGGCAGCGGCGCCGCCAGCAGCGGUGUGUGGCUGCUGCAGCAGCAGCAGUCGCCGCCCACAGCUCCUGGCACGCCCCCAACAUGCGGCAUGACAACGUCCUUCUCAGCAACAGGUGGCGGUGGCUCGGACACUGGUAUGUGGUCGGAUGGCCCCUGCGGCGGCGGGCCCUGCUACUAGCCCUGCUGCUGCUGAUGGCCACUGAACCAGCAGUCGCCCCCGCCCUGUGCACAGAACAGCGCGCAAAUACAUGGUAGGCGAGGCAAAACGCUGCUGAGAGCUUGACAACGGCAGCAGCCAAUCUAUCUAGCUAUCAGCAAACAAUGCGGUGCCAGCAGAAGGGGCAAUCAAGGUAGGCACGCAUCGCCUGCCUAGCUAGCUAGCAAUCUAGUUAGCAGAUAUAAGUGCAAGCAACUAACUCAAACUAAGGUUUCUAGAUAGUGCGGCGGCCGCCGUAUGUAUGGCAUAAAGGAGCCAGCCCAGAUGCGCUCUGCUGGCUGUGCGUGCACGCAUGCGGCAGAGGCUCCCGAGUAGGAGUUACCAUGACUGAGUCUUGACUGAUGGAUGGCCUACAUGCAUACCCAGGACGGAAGUAUGAAUGUAGUAAUUUUGGUGUGAUGAUGAGCGGGCCAUCCAUCCAGCCAUUCAUGCAUGUCGAUCGAGGUCAUCAUAACACGUACUUACUGCUGGACGUUUGUGUGUUGAUAGAUAGGUUGCGUCUAGCUACCCGCGUAUCUGCCUGCUAGCUAGGUAGCUAGCUGCUGGGCGCUGUGUGUUAGAAGUAACACGAAAUAGGUAACACGCAGCUGUGUGUGUGUGUCUGUGUGUUAAACAUACAAAAAACAAA